UUAACGACCGUUCCAUCAGGUUAACAUAACAUUCGGGGAAUUUCCAACUACAUUUAGGGCUACGCAUCAAAUCACAGACAUGGAAAUUGUAAAGUCCAGAGGCUUUUUUCAGCUGAAAAGGAAGUCAUAGAAUUUAAAUUUCAUAUUGUAGAAAUGGUUUAUGGAUAAAAAAAGUGAAAUAUUCUGUCUGUCAUCUUAAACGUUUCCUGUAAAGUUUUUUACUUUCGGUUUGUGGGGAACACUUUUGGAGCCUGCAAUUUAUCUGUUUGGUACAAGGAAUUAGCAAACCAGGAUGCGAGUAAAAUGAAAACAUAAUGUCAGCAUUAUUUACAACAAAUGGCCUCCCCUUGGUCAAUGGGGAAAGUCAGAAAGUGGAACUUCGUCAGUCACCAGGAAGUAUUAAUGGGACGUCAUUUGAUGUGAUAACUCCACCUGGUUCUGGGCAGAGAACUCCAGCAGAUUUAAGUUAUGUUAAUCCAAUGGGAAUGGGGCAGAUAUCUAUGACGGAUGUAACACUGGAACAGGCCCUGGACCGAGUCCAUGAGCUGAUGAAGGAGAACAAGGAUUUAAGAGAAUAUAUGAAGGAGAACAAUGAGCUAAUGAGACAGCAGUACAAAGCUCUGUCUGAGUACAAGUCCAAGGUCCAGGAGAGUAACUCACAAACCAAGGAGAAGUUUGAGCAGACACGCAAUGUCAUUCUGCUGCUAAAAGAUGAAAAUGCAAAACUGAAAUCAUCCCUACAGUCUCAGUCUGAUGAGGCGAGCCGCACACUGACUGAAAGACUCGCAAAUUUAGAGAGGACAAAAACAAGACUGAAAGAAGAAAAUUCUGUAAAAGACCAGGAGAUUGGCAGCCUGAGAACCCAGUUAAAAGAGCUGUCUCUCCACACUCAGUCAAACCAGGACAAAAGUUCUACAAAUGAUGUGGUAUUUGUUGCUAACACUAAGGAGGAUGAAGAAAGACUUAGGAAAGUCGAAUCUGAACGGGACAGCAAAGCCAGAGAGCUGGCAACUAUGACCUUACAGGGGCAGGCUGACCAAGAAGAAAUUUCUAAGUUGAAAACUGACCUUAAUAUGAAAAAGAGACUGCAAGAUGAAUAUGACAAAUUAUCUCUUGAAAACUUGGAACUGUCAGAUAAACUACGAGCAGUGAUAAAUGAAAAUAAAACAUUGAAGGGGGAUAUGAAGAAAAAGAAAACAGAAGUUACAGAUUUGGUGAGCACUGUUGAGGAUCUCACGAAAAAGAAUAAGGAAAAGGAAGGGGUGCUAAAGCAUGCAGGCUACACCAUGGUAGAAGGUUCUGUCAAACCUGGGGACAGAUUUGAUAAGAAAACAGGGGAAGGGGAGUUCCCGUCCUUACAGACAAUGGGAUCUCGAGACGAGGACCAACUACAACGGCAGGGAAUGCGUGUGGCCACACCCUCUGAGGUCAUGAUUCAGAUCCAGGAUAACAGCAAGGCAGAACAACUCCAACGUCAGCUGUCACAGAAAGAACGACAGAUGGAUGAGCUUGUAAUGGAACUGCACCAGAAGGAUCAGGAGCUGCAGCACCUACGAGACACCAACAGCAAGCAAGUUCAGUCACCAACCUACACAGGAGAUGUACAGAGUCUGAUGUCCCAGAAUGUGGCACUGAUGACAGAAAUCAAAAACACAGGUGUGAAAUUGGAAUCAGCUAAGCUUGCUGUGAGUAAGAAAACCACCAAAAUUGCAGAGCUGGAAGAGAGAUUGCAGGUCCAUGAUAACCUGAUGUCACAGAGGGAUGAGGAACAUGCGAUAAUGGACUCGCUGCGCAUGUCUCUCAAGGGAUACGAGGAGGCACUGAACGCGGAGCGCAGGGAACACCAGAACACCAAAAAACAGCUGAUGGAACUAAAGCAAACGUUUAACAGUCUAACAGCAGACUACAAAAGUAUUAUUAAUAAUUUUGAAUCCUUCAAGGAAAACAGCAUGAAACAGCAGAAGCUGUUUGUUGACCCUUGUGAGAAGCAAAAAUUACUUGAAAGGAUCAGUAAGCUUACAGCAGAAAUGAUGUCUGGGGAAGAAGCAGGAAAAUACCGGGAUGAACAGUUAAAGAAGUUGAAAGAGGAAAUAGAACAUCUGAAAUCAGAAAAUGAAACCAUUCCAGUGCUGCGUGCACAGGCUGAAGUCUGGAAAAUGGACUUUGACGCUGAGAGGAAUUCCAGAGAACGGCAGCAUGCAGAUAAUCAGCAGUUGCAACAGGAGUUUCACAACCUACAGCUUCAGAAUCAACAACUCCUGGACGAGCUGGAGACACUGUCCAAAGGGCAAUUUGCUGAGAUGCAACGAAAACACGGUGGAGCAGGGUCUCAUCAGCAGAUGAUGCAGAACUACCUCCAGGUGGCGGGCCCAUCGACCCCUGUCAUUCACAGACCCCCAAUGCAGUACCCCUACCAGGACAACAUAAAUGUGACGCCCCCGGCACCCCAUACACCCCAUACACCACAGCCGUCAGCCCACCCAUAUGUUAACUACCCCUACCCCCCACAGCAAUAUCCUGGUGGGGUGGAGGCGGGCCAUGGACAGCCAGCGUCGCGGGGCAGUGGAAGUUACCCCGAGGAGGGAGAAUACCAGCCUCUGUGUUGUCCGAAGUGUAACCUGUCAUGUCCUGAUGUCGAUACCCUACAGAUACACGUCCUGGACUGUAUCGAUCACUAAAGACACAGAAGUAACGCAAUCGUGAUGGCUGAGUGAGAUAUCUGAAACUUUUUAUGAUGGUUCAGUAUUCUGAAGACUUACCAAAACAGUUUUAAUUCACAGGAUUACACCUUUUGCUGUAUUAUGCUUUUAAUAUAUGUUGAGCUGCUAUGGUCAUUCUUUGAAUUAACUACACAUUUUUUGCGGUAUCUAUAUUGUUUGUUGACUUUUCAUGUAUAGUACAAUGUAUUAUAAUUAACACAAGGAUGAUUAAAGUGACUUAACUUUUUGAUGAUCAGAAUCUUUCAUCAAUUUUGCACAUCUUAUAGAAAAUAUCAAAUGUAAUUCUUUGUUUGCAUCAGGAAGACAAUUUUUUUUUUGCUUUUUAUUUUGUGACAUUUUGGAUGUAAAGCAAUAUUAAGUUCUGAUAAUGUGAGAUUAAGAGAUAACUUCAUAAUUAUCACACAUUUGUUAAUAUUGAUUAUUGUAGAUAUAUGAGACUCAUUUUAAUAUAGGGCCACUUUAGAAUUGAUGGAUUUCAUUUCAAAAAGUGUUAACCACUAUUGGACCAUUACAUUUACCUGGUAGUUUGUUAAUUUCUGACUUAGUUAUCUGAUGUUGUUUCUGCUGAGCUUUGAUAAAGACUGUUUUCAAGGCCUGCUUUAACACCUAAAGGUCCUGCAGACUUCAUCAAGGAAGGAAAAAUCAAAUGUCACAUUUAAAAGAAGAAGAAAAUCAGUAUAUUUGCAUAAACAAACAGACUUCAUUUCUGAUCUGUAUCCAAGACUAGUACAAUGUAUCUGUAUAGAGAAAA